UUUCAUUUUUAAAUGCAUGAUUUCUGCUUUGCAGCACCCCUAUCUGGUUAAGCUUUAUGGCUGUUGUGUUGAAGGAAAUCAACUGCUGUUAAUAUAUGAGUUCAUGGAUAAUAAUAGUCUUGCCCGUGCUUUAUUUGGUUCGAAGGAACUUCAAUUAAAGUUAGAUUGGCCAACAAGACACAAGAUUUGCAUUGGGAUUGCUAGAGGUUUAGCAUUCCUCCACGAAGAAUCAAGAUUGAAGAUUGUUCAUAGAGACAUUAAGGCCACUAAUGUGCUACUUGAUAAAGAUCUCAAUCCCAAGAUAUCUGAUUUUGGUUUGGCCAAACUUGUUGAAGAGGACAAUACUCACAUAAGCACUCGAAUUGCUGGCACUUAUGGAUACAUGGCACCUGAAUAUGCGAUGCAUGGUUACUUAACUGACAAAGCAGAUGUCUAUAGUUUUGGAAUUGUUGCCUUGGAAAUUGUCAGUGGGAGGGUCAACACCAUUCACCGAGCAAAGGAGGAAGCAAUCUAUCUUCUUGACUGGGCACGUCUCUUGAAAGAAAAAGGGGAGUUGCUAGAGCUAGUUGAUCGAAGGUUGGGCUCAAACUUUGACAAGGAGGAAGCGAUGGUGAUGAUCCAAGUGGCUCUCUUGUGCACCAAUGUCACCCCAGCUCUCAGGCCUACCAUGUCUUCAGUGGUAAGCAUGCUUGAAGGUAAAAGUGUGGUUGAGGAGAUAGUUUCAGAGUCAAGUGAGGUAUUGGACGAGAAGAAGUUGGAGGUAAUGAGGAUGUUAUACAACCAGUUGGAAGACAAUAAGAUGACUGAGAUUCAAGAACAAGGUACAUCAGUGGACGAACCGUGGGCUGCUGCUUCAACAUCAGCAUCAGAUCUCUAUCCUCUGCAUUUGGACUCCUCUUACUGGAAUAAAAGAGACUAGAUUGUCUCAUAACCUCAACAAACUGCAUCUUCUGUACCAUUCUGGUUAUGGCUAGCCACGAACUGAUGCUCUAAUUCUUCUGUGAUAUGCUUUUAUUGAUUAGAAUGAGAUUCUCGACA